GCUGCGAUAAGCAAAUACAGCCGCGCGCUAUUGGCUGCCCCUCCCCGCCAGAUUUUGACAAAUAAUCAGAUUGAAAAUCAGGGAGGGGAACAGAAGAGGGAAAAAAACAACAGAGGGAGAGAAAAGGAGAAGUAUCUAACUGUGCAGGGAGUCUCCAAGUUGACGGCUGGAGCCAACCGCAGAGAGUGGCUGCGAGGUUCCCAGCGCAGGACCGGACCGGACCGGGACCAGGACGCAGCACCGACCCCGGGACGCGGGACCCCGGACGCGGGACUCGGGACGCGGGACUCAGGACAGGGGCUGCCGGCCACGCCUUAUCGCCGGCCCUGGCUGUGGUUCAGAGCAGCCACCAUCCCUUUCCCGCGCUUGGCCCUAUCGACCCUGCAGCCAGGGAGGCGGGGCCUCCUCCCCCGAGACCUGCAGAGAAGGGGACAGGCCCAGGGAGGUUAAGGGUCGGCCCGAACUGCGCAGCAGGUUCUGACGUCUACAGAACCAGAACCCAGGCGCCAGCAAGGCCGGUUCCCGCCGUGGGUUCCCAGGGCGUGUGUCUCGCGCCUCUCUGGGGGCCACCAGGACUCCUUGGCUUGUGGCCGCGUCACUCCAAUCCCUGCCUCCGCCUCCACAGGGCGGCCCCAAUCCAGUUCAAUCUCUAAUGUGGUCACAUCUGCAAAGACCCUACUUCUAAAAAAGGUCACGUUCACAGGGUCCGGGUGGACAAGAACUUUGGGGGGGCACUGUUCAACCCAGGACAGUGGGUUCUGACUUCAGGGGGAGGCUGUCCUCCUCACCGCGCUCACCUCUCCCCUGGCAGGUGCGGGGCGCACGCCGACCAUGCCUCGCUCCUUCCUGGUGAAGAGCAAGAAGGCUCACACCUACCACCAGCCCCGCGUCCAGGACGAUGAACCAUUCUGGCCUCCUGUCCUGAGCCCGGCGGCCAGCGACCCAGUCCCGAGCAGCCACCCUGUCCUCGGCACCCUGCUCCCGGGCCCGCGCCUGGACUGGCCCGACCUCAAGAGGGAGCCGGCGCUGGAGCUGGACCAGAGCUGGACCAGCAUGGCCUCGGCACCAGGGGGUCCUGCUGGGACGUCCCAACCCCGGGACAGGGACUCGCCAGCCUCCAACUCCCCUCCGCUCUACAAGCCCAGCUUCUGCUGGGACGCCCUGGCCUCGGCCUACAGCCACAGCUACCGGCAGGCCCCCUCCACCAUGCAGUCCGCCUUCCUGGAGCGCUCCGUCAGCCUGUACGGCAGCCCCCUGGUGCCCAGUGCCGAGCCGCCCUUGGACUUCAGCCUCCGCUACUCGCCGGGCCUGGACGCGUACCACUGCGUCAAGUGCAGCAAGGUCUUCUCCACCCCACACGGGCUCGAGGUGCACGCCCGUCGCUCCCACAGCGGGACCCGGCCCUUCGCCUGUGACGUCUGCGGCAAGACCUUCGGCCACGUGGUCAGCCUGGAGCAGCACACGCACAUCCACUCGCAGGGGAUCCCGGCCGGGUCCAGUCCUGCGCCGGCGCCUGACCCCCCAGGGCCUCGUUUCCCCCGGCAGGAGCGCAGCUUCGAGUGCCAGAUGUGCGGCAAAGCCUUCAAGCGCUCGUCCACCCUGUCCACCCACCUGCUCAUCCACUCGGACACGCGGCCCUACCCCUGCCAGUUCUGCGGCAAGCGCUUCCACCAGAAGUCGGACAUGAAGAAGCACACCUACAUCCACACGGGUGAGAAGCCACACAAGUGCCAGGUGUGCGGAAAGGCCUUCAGCCAGAGCUCCAACCUCAUCACCCACAGCCGGAAGCACACGGGCUUCAAGCCUUUCAGCUGCGAGCUCUGCGCCAAGGGCUUCCAGCGCAAGGUGGACCUGCGGCGGCACCGCGAGAGCCAGCACAACCUCAAGUGAGGCUGUGCCCCGACCAGCCCGUCCUGCCGUCCUGUCACCCGGAGGGAGGCCAGCCUCGUGCGCCCAGAUCCCCAGUCUCCCGGGGGCAACACUGGAUGGGAGUCCUGCAGCUUGUUUUGAGACACAGGAAGCUGCUGUGUGACUUUGGGCAAAUCGCUUUCCCUCUCUGGACCCAUAGUUCUCCUGCUGUAAAGCGUGGGAGCUGGGUUGGGUCUUUUCUGAGCUGAAGGUAUAAUAACUUGGGUGCCUUCCCCAGGGCAGAGACCAGGCCAGAGCAGCCCCACGUGGACCGCGAUGCCACGAUCACACCAGGCCCGCAGAGCCGGGACCCACAGAGAAAUCCUCCCGGUGCCUUCUGCCCACAGCGCUGGGAUCCGGUCCCCUGGGUCUUUAGGGGGCCUCUUUCAGGUGGCCAGAUGCCCCAGUGGGAUGCCCAGCACCCCUCUGCUUCAGCCAGACCUGCUGGCUACCCCCCACUUCUGACCGGCACUCAGCUGGGCUCUGGUCUGCCCUCAGACCCCCGGGCUGGAGAAACCAGCAGUUAUUGCUGUCAAAAGCCUGUUCCCCUCAACCGCUGUACAUGGAAAU